CGGAACGCCGUUGUUCGUUUUUUCUCUGACGUAUUAUUCCGCGCCGGAAGUGAGGGGAGGCUGCGUUGAGUCUGGCGCUAUGGCGGCGGUAGAUAUUCGAGACAACUUGUUGGGAAUUUCAUGGGUUGACAGUUCCUGGAUCCCUAUAUUGAACAGUGGUAGUGUCUUGGACUAUUUCUCUGAACGAAGUAACCCUUUUUAUGAUCGGACAUGUAAUAAUGAAGUGGUCAAAAUGCAGAGACUCACACUGGAGCAUUUAAAUCAGAUGGUUGGAGUAGAGUAUAUCCUUUUGCAUGCCCAAGAGCCCAUUCUUUUUAUCAUUAGGAAGCAACAGCGACAGUCCUCUACACAAGUCAUCCCAUUAGCUGAUUAUUAUAUCAUUGCUGGAGUCAUUUAUCAGGCACCUGACUUGGGAUCUGUCAUAAACUCCAGAGUGCUCACAGCUGUGCAUGGAAUUCAGUCAGCUUUUGAUGAAGCUAUGUCAUAUUGUCGUUACCACCCUUCCAAGGGCUACUGGUGGCACUUCAAAGAUCAGGAAGAACAAGAUAAAGCCAAACCUAAAGCCAAGAGAAAAGAAGAACCAAGUUCUAUUUUUCAGAGGCAGCGUGUGGAUGCUUUACUCCUAGAUCUGCGACAGAAAUUUCCACCCAAAUUUGUUCAGCAAAAGCCUGGAGAAAAGCCUGUCCCAGUGGAUCAGACCAAGAAGGAGCCAGAACCUACACCUGAAGCGAUAAAAGCAGAGGAAAAAGAGACCCCCAAAAAUGUCCAGCAGACAACCAGCACUAAAUGUCCCCCUGAGAAACGAAUGAGACUGCAGUGAAUGUGGGGCUGUUGUUUCCUCAGCACCAAAGAGAAACGUACAGAAUUCCCCUUCUCGGGAUGACGUCAGCCUUCUGCAGCAAAGACUUGAUGUCAUUACAGGAUUUAAAAUUCCUUGUUACAGCUUUCUCUUUUUUAUAAGAAGCUCUGGUUCUCUAGGAAAGGAUUUAUUUCAUCCCCCUUCUUUGUGUGUUAGAUUUUUUUUCAUUAAUCUUUUAUAUGCUUUCCCACAUCGGUCUUAUGUGUAUAUAUCUGUUUAUCAAAUAAAAUAACUUUAUAGAAUGUUGGAUUUGGGAUGCUUUUUUUUUUGUUCACUAGUAAAUUGUGGUACUUUCUAAGUGUCUGGAUCUUCAUCUAGUUAGCUUUCACUGCCCAUCUUAUGGUAUAUCACCUGGUAACUUUUGUCCUUUGCAAUCUUAAAACUCUGUACGUGUAAUUAUUAGUAUUACUCUAAAGGAAGAGAUACUGUAUUUCACCACAUUUUAUGCCAAAUUUUUUGCCAAAAAGUGGAGUGCAACCAUUAUGUGAAGCUUUUAAAAAAUUGUGCCGGUAUUACUUUAAAAUCAUUUAUCACCAAACUGUCUUUGGUGCAAGAUUAGGAUGGAUGGAAUACUCGUGAAUGUACAUUAAAAUUGAAUAUUAACAAUGUGUGUGUGCUAAAAUUCUAGGCUUGCAGCUUGCAAUACGUGAGAGAUAAAUGUGUAUCCAUGUGCCACUGGUGAAUACGUUGCUGCUCUGUUUACCUGUGAAAUGGUGUGGCGAACAGAAUCAUACCAUGUGACGACUUUGCGAUGAAAGGUUACAAACCAAUCUUGGGACUGAAAAAACAGGGUGCGAUAAUUAUGUGGUGAAAUAUGGUAUUUGUUGUCAACUUUAGGGGUGACCUGUGUCAUGUUAAAUGAUUCUGAUAAGUUGGUGUUUGUUUUUUUCCAUUCCAUCCCCGACUUUGGGCAGAGAAAGGGGAAAUUAAUCAGUUAAGUGAUUAUGUAGUUAAUACGAGAUAUAACACCAAAAUAUCUGCAUUAAAUCAGGUAUAGGAUGAGCCUGGGAUUUGAAGAUAAAUCCUGAGUGCCCGGAUGAGUGAAUCUAAAAAUACAGAGUUCUGGGAAAUUUAGACAUCAGCUCAUCUGGGGCCUUAACUUGUUGCAAUGUAGGAUUUGUGAGUAUAGAGAAGGAUAUCAGGCGAGACAUGAAGAACUUGUCUCCCCCCCCCUUUUUUUUUCUUUCCUUUUUAUUAUUAUAAACUUAACAAAUAUGAAUAUUUUCAUGUACAAACAUUAGGACAUGUAAAACAUUUUCAUGUAUAAACAUUAAAAGAGGACUGCAUGUUAAACCAAUCUCUACUGGGUACAGCAUAAAUUUUAAAGAUAUAUUUCAGAUUUAAUACCAUAGUUCUAACACUUACCUAUAUCUCCUUCUGAACUUACCUGUGAUCUCUCCUGUUUAUUUUUCAGAGAUUCACUGAUGCUGUUUUAUUUCUUUUUCAUUUCCUUUUUAGUAUCAUUACCACAACCCCCACACUUCCCUUCUAACUCCUCCUCCUCAAACUAAAAGUCCUAUCUUUGUAAUAAGUGUAAUGAAAAAAAAAAAGAUCCACACAUUGGUCAUGUCUGAAAAUGAAUGUCUCAUUUUGUACCUAUAGUCCAUCAAUUUGGUGAAAGACAUGAUUCUUUAUUAGAUUAAUGGCAUUAUCAUUAGCCAUUGCAUUGACCAAGGCUUGUACAGUUGAUUUCCUUUACAGUGUUUAAGUCAUUGUAUUGUUUUGGUUCUGUUCAUUUCAUUCGGCACCCAUUCAUAUAAUUCCCAGGUUUCUGUGACUCUAUCUCUUUAUUUUUUAUGGUAUAAUAUUCCACUGCUUUCAUAUACCUUAAUUUGUUCAGCCAUUUACUUCGUUAAAUGAGCACCCAAUUUGUUUCCAACUAUUUACUACAACAAAAAUUUCUGCAAUUAAUAUUUUGGGGCAUAUGGAUAGUUUCCCCCUUUUGGUAGGUGGUAUAAGCCUAGUAGUAAUAUUGCUAAGUCAAAGGUUACACAGGUUUUCCCAGUAUAGUUUCAAAUUGCUUUCAAAAAUUAUUGGAUCAUUUAGCUCUACCAAUAGUGUAUACUAGUACAUAUAUCCUCCCAGAGCCCCUUCAACAAUUGUCAUUUUCCUUUUUUGUCAUCUUUGCUGAUCCAGUGGGUGUGAGGUGAAACAAGAGAUAUUUUACUUCACAUAACUCAGUGAUUUGUAAUUUUUUCCAUAUUGUUAAUAACUUGUCUUUCUUCCCUUGAAAAUUAUCUGUUCAUAUUCAUUGCCCGUGUUUUUUGUGCAAAAUAGCUCUUUUUUAUUUGUAUCAAUUUCUUAGAUAUCUUGGUUAUCAGACCUUUGUUACAGAAGUUUGCAGCAAAGACUUUUCUCCCAGUUAACUUUCCCUUCUAAUGUCAUUUAUCUUAUUUGUAAAAAAAAAUUUCAAUUUUAUGUAAUCAGGAUUGUCUAUUUUAGCUUCUCUCUUCUUCUUAACCAGACCCUUGUUUGGUUGAGACUCACUUCCCUUAUCAGUUUUGAGAAUAUCUCACUCCUGCUCCCUCCAGUUUGUUUAUGAUUCAGCUUUUUAUAUUUAAGUCAUGUUCAUUUGGAGUUUAUUGGGUUAUACUAUGUGAGAUGUUAGUCUAAACUUCGUUUCUGAAAGACUGCUAUCCAAUUUUUUGACCAUUUUUUUGUCCAGUAGUGAGGUCUUAGUGCAGAAGUUGGAUCCUUGGGCUUACCAACUUUAUACUGUUCAUACUUGUGUGCUUCUGGCUCUCAUAUAGUUAACCUCUUCCCCUGACGAACUUUUCUGGUUUUUUUUUAACCAGUACCAAAGAGCAAUGAUGAUUGAUUACUGCUUUGUAGUAUGGUUUAAGAGUUGGUACUGGGGGGUCCCCAUUCUCCCACCUCUUUUUCCUACUGUUUCCCUUAACAUUCUCAACAUUUUAUUCCUUCAGAUUAAUGUUGUUAAUAGAAUUUCUAGGUCAAUAUAGUAACUCUUUAGUAAUUUGGUAUGGCACUGAAUCUAUAAAUUAAUUUAGAUAACUUGCUUUUACUGUAUUGACAUUGUCCAAUAUUUCUCCAAUCAUUUAGUUCUGUCUUUAUUUCUAUAGAGUUUUUGUAGCUGUAAUCAUGCAAUUCCUGUUUUGAUGGAUGAACUUCCAGAUAAUUCAUACGUGUAACUAUUUUAAAUUAAAUUUCUUUUUCUGUC